AGAGAGCAGACACACAGAGAAAGAAAAAGCAGUGGAAUACUUUUAACUACUUUUGACUUCACUUUCUUUAACUGUACUGCUGUGUUUUAAUCUUCUCCUGCUGGUGUCGACACAUUGGGCUUGGGGAUUUGGCUUUGGUGCUAGGGUGCUCUUGUGUGUAUCGGCCAGGCCAGUGCAGCCACAGUGAUGAACUGGUCGGGACUGGAGAGUCUGCUGAGUGGAGUCAAUAAAUACUCCACUGCGUUCGGGAGGAUUUGGCUGUCCAUGGUGUUUGUGUUCCGUGUCCUGGUGUUUGUGGUGGCAGCACAGAGGGUUUGGGGUGAUGAAAGCAAAGACUUUGUUUGUAACACUCGACAGCCUGGCUGCACCAACAUCUGCUAUGACCACAUCUUCCCCAUCUCCCACAUCCGUUUGUGGGCGCUGCAGCUGAUUUUUGUCACCUGCCCGUCUCUGAUGGUGAUGGCUCACGUCAAAUACCGCGAAGGAAAAGACAGGAAGUAUGUGGAACUGCACCAAGGCUCUCACCUGUACGCCAACCCUGGCAAGAAGAGAGGGGGUCUGUGGUGGACCUAUCUGCUGAGUUUGGUCUUCAAAGCUGGAUUCGACACAUCAUUUCUUUACAUCCUCUAUCGGAUAUACCAUGGAUAUGAUCUGCCUAGGUUAUCCAAGUGUUCCCUGGAGCCCUGCCCCAACACCGUGGACUGCUUCAUCAGUCGUCCAACGGAGAAAAAGAUCUUCAUGUUGUUCAUGGUUAUUUCCAGUGCGCUUUGCAUCUUCAUGUGUAUCUGCGAGAUGAUUUAUCUCAUCGGCAAACGCAUCUCCAAGCUGGUAAGCGUGCGCCAUGACAAUGAACGCAUCCUAUUCGCUGACCAUCAUGAGUUAACCAACAUGGCACCGCCCAGGUCCCAGUAUUCUAAAACUGAUCCAAGGCUGUCAGACAGCCAGCUCAGUUUAAACAAGAGGGAGAAGAUCAGAGAAGGAGGCAUCAGCACGACCCUGUAGGACUCAGGGUGUCCAAACCACAGGUUCAUUCUGUACAGGUGGCCAAAUGACAGGACCAGAAGUCACCUGAUAACGAUAUUAAAGCAAGACUGAUUUUACUGAGAUUUUAACUGUGUAUUGUGAUCCUGUGACCCAGCUGAUCAUGAAACAUUUGUGACUUUCCGUUGGACGGCCCUCCAACACUGGCUGGUUGUUUGCUGUAGAACACUGUAAAAAGAAAAGGACUGCUGAUGUUACUAUGUCCGGAUGUCACAUUUCUACCUUUGUACCAGCUGAUAGCUGACAAUACAAAGACAGACAUCCAGGAGCUGGCUUUUAUACGUGUUGUGAUAUUGCAAUUGUGUUUGAAGGCAUUGCUGCUUGAUUGCUGUUGAUCAUGAUUCAGUGUCAAUAUGUCAGGUAUGUCACAUUACAUAUAACACCUCACUGUAAGUAUGGUAAAUUGCAGCACUUUUCUUGGUAUCUUCAGAGCUGUUAAUAGUUUUUUUAAUUGUGUGACUGAGAAAAGGCUUCCGCUGCUGUGUUUGUUCAUGCUUUUUUUUUUUUUUCAACAAAAGGGACCAAAAUGUCAACAGGGAUUUGCUGAGCUGAUGCCCAGAACAGUGAAAUUUAACUCUUUUUGUGAGCUUAAGUUAAUUAUGUUUUGGUAACAAGUUAUGAUAUUGUUUGCGUAAGAUAAUAGGCAAACUUGUGCACUGAAAAUAAAAGUUAUUAUAUUGCUCGCACAAGCAACACAUUCUCAUCCCAAAUCAUCAAAUACCGCAGUUUUGUCAGUGGAUCUUCAUGUCCAAAUAUGACAUGCUAGGUACUGCCAGUUUAGUUCAGUGCUCUGCUGUCUUGAGGGGGGAUAAAAUGAUUUAAUGUUGUGGCUCUUCUACACUUUCCAAAUGUUAUCAGACUGAAUUGAUCAGCUUCCCAACAUUGAAAUAAGUCAUGAAACAAGCCAUUUUGAAGGGUUUAUCACAUGAUAAAAAUAAAUAAAAAUGCUUCCAUUGAUUUACAUACAUCUCUUUUACAAUGUAAGUCAAUAGGAAAAGGUAUUUUUGGGCCCCACUGUAAGAGUUUUUUGGCAAUACUAACUGCUGCCAGCCAGUGUAUUUCAUACCACCACAGAGAAUGACUGUGUGCAUCAGCCUCCAACGCCGAUGUCCACUGACAAAGCAAUAGGAUUUAAGGGGGUUGGUUGUUGCCCCCUGCCUCCAAAACUGAAUCCGUCCAGGAUGUAUCAUACUGCUGUGAAAGGUGCCUCUUUGUUUCUUUAUCUGAUGCCGAGAUCACUGACAUGGUAUUUGACGAGUAUGGAGUGAGUAGAGGAUCCACAAGGUAAUAUUUUGUGCAAACAAGGGAAAAAAGACACACUGAUUUAAUUCUAACAUAAAUUGGGGUACUACCAACUACUUGGGGUCAGGGAGAAUUUUUGCCCAAAUAUUCACUGUAAUGAAAAAUAGGACUUAUUUUUAGUUAUUUUUAGAAAUGUGUCAAUAUCAGAUAAAAAGAUUCAUACAAUAUUUUUUAUGACUUAGAAAAAAAUACUUUAAGACAUUUUAAGACAAAUCAAGGCCUGCUUUUUAGAUUGAUUAAUUCAACACCUUUAAGACUUUUUAAGGCUCUGCGGGGACCCUGCUAGAUUUGAAUAUUUGCUGAGAGGACAUUUCUAACCAGUUUGUUGUACAGGCUGGGCACUAGCUGAGCUGGUGGAGUGAUGUUACAGGACAAGGUCAUUUAUACUUUUAUCUUUGGUUAAAUUCUCUGAGAAAAAGCAGGUUAUUCAACUGGAAUAUCAUGAUAUGGUCCAAUAUUUUCUUUUACGACUUGCUUUUAUUGACCCAUGCAGUUAUUCUAUAUUUGAUUGUCUGUAAAUUAAAAUGCUAAAAAGCGC